AUGCUGGUUUCCGGCUUCCAGUAUGACUGUCUGGCUUAUGUGAUUGCAAUGGUGUCAAUCCUAUCGGUUGGCGACCCAUUCAUCCACGAAAGCGCAAUCGAUGAAGAUAAUCCAACCAAUUGCCUUGAUGAGCAAGCCAUCAAUGAAACCAAACUACUCAAGAACGCCGAUUGCAAGGACCGAGAGAUUCGCAGGCAAAAAAGGCGGCAGUUCUUCAAAGCCCAGCAACAGUUUGCGAGCUUGGGUAGUGGUGUUAGCGAUCUGUUUAAAAUUCUAGCGGUCGUUGGAGCUUACUAA